ACCCCUCCAUAAGGCGAAGAACUCCUGUAAUCUGAAACACGCAAGCGUUCAAGCCUUCCUCACACUUAAACCCCUAACCGAACGCCAUGGACCAAGACCGUUUCGUGGUCACGACCCUGGAGCGUGCGGGCAUUCCCUACUGUGCCUUCGGGUGGACGGUGCCCGACGCCUUCGGAAUGAACCACACCAUCAUUGACCUCAUCGCCCAGCAAAGCCUCGACUUUGCGGGCUAUGUGAUCCCAGACCGGUACAUUCCCAACGCCUAUGCGGCCCUGCGCCGCCGCGGGGCGCACCCCUGCACUCUCGGCCGGGACUGCAUCUCGGUGAUCGGUUUCCUCCACCCCCCCACGGACAUCGUGCACUGGCACACGCCCAACGAGGAGCCACUAAUCCGCAACGGCGCCUGGCCUCGGCUCACUGUGCGCAUCUAUCGCAAGUCCAUGUUCAUGUGGCUCUUCGCGGACCCGCCACUUAACCCUCGCCCCGACGAUCUCUACUACACGUGGUCCGACCAGAUUCGCAUGGCCCGCCGCCACCACCGUCCCGGUACCGGCUUCGUCAUGCCAACUCCGGCCUGCUGGACCGAGGCCCUCGUCGUCCUGCAUGCGCGCGACUUCUGCGAAAAGGAUCGCUACAUGCUGACCCGCCUCUGGCACCGCGAGCUCCUCCGCGUCUGUCUUCAGUUGCUGCAGCCUCUGCGCCAGGGGCGCCGCCCGCUACUCCUGGAAGGUGAGCUGGAUCUCCACCUCGUCGGGGUCAUCAAGGCGAUGCGCGCCGCGCUGGCUGCCGGCGAUCCCGACGCUCAUUCCGACCUGGUCGAUGCUGAGAUUCGCAUCGUGCGCGCGCAGCUCCAGAAUGAUGAGCCGCCUUGCCCUCCGCCCCAGGGGGUGAUCUACGACCAUGAGGCCGAGGUGGCUUGGUGGGAAGCGUGGGUCUCUGAUGAGCACUCAGAUGAUGGCGGGAAUGCUGACCCCAUUGCAGACCCUAGAGUUGAAGAGAUUGGUGUUGACGACGAUGACGACGACGCUGAGGAAGAUGAGGAUGAUGAGGAAGAUGAGUUGUCCGAGGAGGCGGAGUAAGUUUCUCUAUCCUGCCUGAUCCUCAGAAGCCUCGCUGGAACAAAAACAGAAAAUACCCAAAAAAAACCGCAUGAGAAUGGAGCACUUUAAGCGUGGCUAAUUCUUGAAAAACACCACAACAUGAACCACAACAAAAAAAAA